UUCUUGUUUUACACACUUCUGGUCCCUGCCAGCUCCAGUGCCUGGCCCCAUAGCCCUGCCCCAAGAGGAGAUGGCCACGGAGAAGCCAGUGACUCCCACUGAGGAGCAGCUGGAGAUCCUGGAGUACAACUUCUGCAAGGUGAACAAGCAUCCUGACCCCACCACGCUGUGCCUCAUCGCGGCCGAGACCGGGCUCUCCGAGGAGCAGACCCUGAAAUGGUUCAAGCAGCGCCUGGCGGAGUGGAGGAAGUCUGAAGGGCUGCCCUCAGAAAGCGGGUCUGUCAGGGACUAGAGGAUGCUGCUCCGAUCCCCAUGCCUGCUGUAAAUGAUGGUGAAGCUCUUCAGAGUGGGUUUUCUUGGGGUUCUUCUGUUGCAAUAGGUUUUGAGAUAUAAAGUAAUACCCUGCUAUUUAACAUAAGUUUUAUUUAAAGUGUACAUAG